CCGCCCGUCGGUCCGCUAGUAUCUGUUUGCGUAUUGUCCAACCAAUCUUCACUCUCAUGUGAACAGUAGUUUAGGACGAAGCGUGCGAACGAGUUAAAUAUAGAUUAAAUCGACGUAAAAAAAAAAAAAAGAUAGAAAAAUCGUUCGAAUAAAAAUUUGUCGUCCGUUCAAAAGUGUUUAAUUAUUAUAUUUUUUUAACGAGAUUUUUUUUCAAAUUAAUUUUUUUAAUUUAUUCGCUUUGCCGUUCGUCAAAUGACAACAAGACCGUCUGACAGUAGUUUUACGCCAAACUAAUGUCCACUCGAGCGCUAUUGAGUGCAUCGGUGACUUUUAUCUGCGCGGAUCGGUAAAUGCCACAAGGUUCGAGCAGCGCACUAUUUGCAUACAAACUUAGUCCAUCCGAUCGGCUGAAGCACAGCCGCCCCUUUUUUCGGAUAUACCCAAAUUUUAAACCGUCCGAGUCACGAUGAUGGACCAAUUUAAAGUCUUCGCACUCGUGUCAACGCUGCUGAUUUGUCUGGCACAAAAAGGUUUGUGCGAUGAACGACAACAUAAUGGCGAGUUCAAAUGCCCUGAAGAGUUCGGAUACUAUCCACACCCAAGCGACUGUUCACAGUAUUAUGUAUGCGUAUUCGGUGGUGCUCUUCUGGAGUCGUGUACCGGAGGGUUGAUGUACAGUCACGAGUUGCAAACGUGUGAUUGGCCUCGUAACGUUGGAUGCGGAGCUGAAGCUGCUAUAAGUCAAUCAGAUAUUAACCAAGAAAACGCGUUGCCAUUAACACGGACGUCAGAACGUCCAAGACAUCCAACGCCCCAACCUCAAAGAGUAACGCCGUCCGUAUUCACUGGCCAGAAACAGACCCAAGAUCAACAACAAAUCAACGAUCAACACAUCAUCAAACAACAACAGUUGUACGAUGAGGACGAUUACAGAGCAAUCGAAGACGACGGCGACCGUCAACAAAGAGUGUACAGAGGUCAACCGUCGACUUUGGGUCAAGUAGCUCGAGACCGAGAUGGUCUGACCAAUCAUAGAAACGUAAUAUCGCCGUUUGUGGGAGUAGAGAAGAACAAACAAUUCCAAUUACAAAAUCAAAACUUCAGAAACGACACGGGGCAACUCCACGUUAAACAACGUUUUAAAAGACAGACUCGACUGAGCCAUAGCGGAAUGACGAGGAUAAGACCAACUGAUACGACCGUUUCAACUACUCAUUACGCCUUACGCAGAGUACCACAAAACCAAGUGAUAGCGAAACCUUCUUCCUACAUACCCAUCACUAACAUGGACAACCCACAAAAGCAAAAACGUUGUUUAUAUAAAUCUCAAAGGUAUCCGGGACUAUUGAUACCAUGUCCUUCGUCGAAUAACUAUUGGGGCGGGCCGCCAAUGAGUUCUUCUUCCGUGUUAGAAAACGAGGAAACAAAUGACACAGAAAAUUCAGAAGACGACAAAGAGGCAGUCGAUGACAAAGGUGAUUACUCCGAUUACCCGGAAAACGAAAAUCAAGAAGACUACGAGGAGGAAGAAAGUCCUUUGCAGCACGAUUUGAAGAAUGCUGAUAAAGCGUUUGAACACUUAGUUAAUCGAGUGCGUUGCAGAAAUAAAAACAGUUGCGAGAAUAAAAAUAACAAAGAGCAAGAAGACCUCGAAAACCAAGAAGAAAGUCAAGAAGAAUCUCCUGACAGUAAAGAAGAAGAACACAAGCAGCCACCAAAAUCUACACCCAAACCAAAACCGAAACCUUCAACUACUCCUAAGCCGGAGCCAUUACCGAAACUUAAUGCAUUAAGGCCUCUUACGGUCGCACACAAUUACAGACCGGCCAACUUCACUAAAUUAAGACCACCUCCACCCGAUCCACCACGUCCACACUACCCGCAUCCGAAACAUGAUGACGGAGAUAGAAGUGAUGCUGAAGAACAAGAAGAAGAAGAAGACAGUCAAGAGAGUAGUCAAUUAGAAGAUGUGGAAGAAUACAACGAAAACGACGAUCUCGCCGACGACGAGUAUUACUACGAUGAUGAAGAAGACUAUGACGUAAAACCGAAAAAACCCCAAAUACCACAGAAACUAGCACAAAUCGAUAACAUGAAGUUUAGUGGCGAGGGUGACGAACCUUCUGAGAGCAUAUCCAAGGACACCGUUUUAAAAAAUGUAUCUAAAACCAUCGAUUUACAAAAGCCAAAUGAAUCGAGUUCAUUGACUCUUAAUUCUUACAAUGCGAUAACUUCAAGACCAAAACCGUACGACUCGGCUGCCGAAGCUUAUUCUCGUAUAAAAGACAAAAACAAAUUUCAUGACCAGCAGACGGCCAUGCAAAUGACAGUUUACGACACCACGGUGUCUUCAAGUGUAUUCGAAGAUAAAAAAAAAAAACUUAAAAUACCGACGACAACUACUAACUGGACAACGGUGUCGCCUGCUAAAAUGCAGUCGCUGAAACCAACUGUCCGAACGACUGCACGAACGACUUUAUUUAAAAGACCACAACAAAUCUCCGUUCCAUCUUAUGCGAUUGAACAGACUGUACAACCCGUAACCACAGCCAGAACCACGACUACGAUCACUGUUCGCAAUGUAUCACAGCCAUUCGACCCUACUUUCUAUAAUGUCUACGACGACGAUUCAGAUAUCUACAAAGAUGUUGAUUAUGGUCAAUUCACCCUUUCAUCUGUUAAUAACAACAACAACAGGUUGAAACCACAACCAGAUCCAUUCAGAGUAUCUGUACCGGUAUCUCAAGCCACCCCAAGAUACCAAGCCAAUACAUUUGUGCCAGAAUAUAAUCUUAAGGUCACCGAGGAAGAACCUCAACGAGAUCAACAGACCAAAGCCACUUACAGGUCUACAGUCAUCGGUGUAAGUCCUUUCGUCACGGACCGCUCAACCUUUAAGUUUCCUUCGUCAACCCCAAGUACUCGCUCAACAUUUACGUUUCCUACGUCCACUCCUAGUACUCCCUCGACAGCCUAUCCAUUUGCCUCAUCACCUUCGUUAUAUUUAAAACCGCCGUCACCUCUAGUAAACGAUUACUGGACAACUGUGGCCACAAGUGCCAAGCCAAAAAUAAAUCUUCAAGACUUUCGGAUUAUCGUAGAUCCCUACAAUACUACCCGUUAUGAAGUCACCACUCACAGAGGCUCGGUCAUAACUAGUCCCUUAUUGCUCAAACUUCGACCUACACCAUUCUCAUUGCCACAAACUCCGUCUACUUCGACGACGACUACAACGACCACAAGCACGUCCACGACGACCACCACCGCCAAGUCGAUCGACUUUGACCAAGAAUAUGAUGUCGUAGUCUCGGAGGCCGAAUCCGAAGAGGAAGAAGAAGGGUACAUUGACGACAACUCUGUGGAAAAGUCUAGUACGAUUUCGACUCCUUUAUCUAAACCCUCGGUCUUCCGAAUUCCCGAUCAAUUCCCAUCCACUUCUGCCAAGAGCGGUUCGGGUGUUCAGUCAGUCACGUCAGCAGCGCCGACGAGCAAACCGGUGACAGAAUGCAAAGAGUGCAACGAAAAACCGUCAAGAGGCCGAGUUAGGGGAAGUGCCACGUAUACGACGGCUAGUAGUAAUGACAUUGAUAGGGGUACUCCUUUGUCAGGAAGAACGCGGCCUACAUUAAAACCGUCCACGUCAAUUGUCAGCAAGGCAUCAGAGUUCAUAGAUGUUUACAAGUACCCACCAAAAAGACCUGACCCUAUCUACCCGACUCCACAACCAGACAAAACAGCAGCAAAAUGCCGCAAAGAUGUUUGCCAAUUGCCCGACUGUAGUUGUGGUGGUAAAGAAAUUCCAGGUGAUUUAACGCCUGAAGAAACCCCGCAAAUGGUUUUAUUGACUUUCGACGAUUCAGUAAACGAUCUAAACAAAGGGUUGUACACAGAUCUUUUUGAAAAAGGUAGAGUAAAUCCUAACGGAUGUCCAAUCAGUGCCACGUUCUAUGUGUCCCAUGAGUGGACUGAUUACAGUCAAGUGCAAAAUUUGUAUGCUGCCGGACAUGAAAUGGCAUCUCAUUCAGUGUCGCAUAGUUUCGGUGAACAGUUCUCGCAAAAGAAAUGGACAAAGGAAAUUGUCGGCCAAAGAGAAAUCUUGUCUGCUUAUGGUGGAGUCCAUCAAGAAGAUAUUAGGGGAAUGAGAGCUCCUUUCUUAGCUGUGGGAGGUAAUAAAAUGUUCAAAAUGUUGUAUGACAGCAACUUCACAUACGAUUCAUCGAUGCCCAUUUACGAAAACAAACCUCCAAGCUGGCCAUACACCUUAGAUUAUAAAUUAUUUCACGACUGCAUGAUACCACCUUGCCCAACUAGAUCUUAUCCAGGAGUAUGGGAAGUACCAAUGGUUAUGUGGCAAGACUUGAAUGGAGGCAGAUGUUCCAUGGGAGAUGCUUGUAGUAACCCUCCGGAUGCCGAAGGCGUGCAUAAGAUGUUAAUGAAAAACUUUGACCGACAUUUCACAAGCAACAGAGCGCCAUUCGGUUUGUUUUAUCACGCUGCUUGGUUUACGCAACCCCAUCACAAAGAAGGGUUUAUUCAAUUCUUAGACACCAUCGUGAACAUGCCCGAAGUAUGGAUUGUCACUAAUUGGCAAGCACUCCAAUGGGUGAGGGAUCCAACGUCCAUAUCUAGAUUGCAAUCGUUCAGUCCUUUCCACUGCGAUUAUUCGGAUAGACCUAAAAAAUGUAAUAACCCAAAAGUAUGCAAUCUAUGGCACAAAUCUGGUGUAAGAUACAUGCGCACAUGUCAGCCAUGCCCUGAUGUAUAUCCAUGGACAGGAAAGACUGGAAUCAGGAGUAGUCGUAUAGACGACGGAUCCGAGUGACUCGAUUUGACAAAUGCCAAACAUAUUGAUUAGAAAUUUUUAAAAAUAAAUUAUAAUUAAUUGAAUUGUUAUUAUUAAAACAUGUGAACACUUUUUCAUGUCGUUACAUAUCGUUAUCACGACGUUGAAAAACUGAAUACAUGUACAUAAAAUCUAAAUUUUACAUUCAGUACCAUUUUUAAAUUUAUUUUUAUUACCUCAUUACUGUUUUAAAUUUGAAAUACAAAAUAUUUAUUUAAAAAUACAUCAGGAAAUGUGUUUGCAUUUAUUAUAACUAGAAAAUGUAAGCAUUGUAUAAAAAUAUGAAAUGUAAUUAUACUAUUGUCUAACAUACUUUUGAAAACAAAUACGACAAUGUUGUAGGUAUUGUGUAAU